AUGGACGGAAAUCUCCCAGGCACAGGAGAACCAUGCAUCGGAAACUACAUUCCAGUUAGGACUUUAGGUGAAGGAACAACAGGAAAGGUUAAGCUUGCUUUUAAUAAAGACACAAACGAAAACGUUGCAAUUAAAAUUAUUCCAAAAAGCUCAUUUGAGAAGAAAGCCGGUCUUGAAACUAAAGUACAGCGAGAAAUAGCUCUCAUGGGGUUGGUCAAGCAUCCAAAUAUCAUGAGACUUAUCGAUGUUUUUGAAAGUCCAAAGCAUUUGUAUUUAGUUUUAGAAUAUGCCCAACAAGGUGAAUUAUUCGAUUAUCUUAUAUCACGCCGUGUCCUUCCUGAGGAUCAGGCUCUUGAUUUUUUCAGACAAAUUAUUCUUGCUCUCGAAUAUCUUCACAAGCACGGUAUCUGCCAUCGCGAUCUGAAACCAGAAAACAUCCUUCUUGACGCCUCAACAAGAAUUAAAAUCGCAGAUUUUGGUUUUGCCCGAUGGAUUAAAACAAAUAUCGCUGAAACAUCAUGUGGAUCACCCCACUAUGCAGCUCCUGAGGUUAUUAGUGGAAAGGCAUACGAUGGAAGGAAGGCUGAUAUAUGGAGCGUUGGAAUUAUUUUAUUUGCUCUUUUAGCCGGCUAUCUUCCAUUUGAUGAUGCUUCCAUCCGAUCACUUCUCCAUAAAGUUAAGCGAGGAACCUUCCAAAUGCCCGCCUUUCACCCAGAUAUUCAAGAUUUAAUUCACAGAAUACUCACAGUCGAUCCAGACCGUCGUAUAACCAUCGAAGAAAUCAAGCAGCACCCAUGUUUCCGCCAAGGACUCAAUCCAGAAUACAUAUUACCAAAGCCAUUACCAUUUGUCAACGUUGGCCCAAUCAAUGUCGAACAAAUCAAUCCCGAUUUACUGAAAAACCUUCUCCGCAUUGGUUUUAGCGAGGAAGAUUUACAAGCGGACCUUUCUUCCCCCGAAAAUACGAUGGCCAAAGUAUUCUUAACGAUGCUUGAGCAGAAGACAAAUAUAAUGUCUAUACCAUGGGAUGCCGCGGAUUCCAAUUCCGUUGAUAUUCUCCAACAAUCCGAAAUCAUGACUCCGGUACAUGUUGUUCAUUUCCAUCCAGACUCAGCAGAUCCAUUCCAGAGACACGGUGUCACCCCAUCAGAAUCACUAUCACUCAGCCAGAUGUCCUAUGCUACACAAUACACUUGGGGCGUUGAAGAACAAAAUAAUUACCUCCAAGAGAAGACUUUCGAGACAUUUGGUAUAACAAUAUGGCAGAUAAUGUUCAAUAUCCAGACCCAGCUCAAAUCUAUGGGAAUGCAGUGGUUCCAUCCAAAUCCUCAGGAAAUUAUCGCAAGAUCUGAGGAAGUAGACCUCUACGUGACAAUCGAAGGAACAUUCAGAACAACAGAGGAUGUAAAUGUAAGCCUGAGAUUGUUACACGGUGAUGGCUCGAAUUUCAACGAAUUGUAUGAAUCUCUUCAGUCUGCACUUGGCGUUGUAGCAUAA